AUGAGUACCGGCGGUCUGUCUGUCCGCGCUUUGACUGCCGAUGGCAUGCCAUCUGUCGCAUUACAAUGGAUUGAGAUGCAACUUCCGACGGUCACGCCAGCUAAUGCAGCUACACCGUCUGUGUCCACCGCUGCGAAGCACCAGGCCAACGCCGCCAACUCGGCCAUGACUGUGAACAGCACCACAAAUGAUUUUGUUCGUCUCGUCAAAACCCCUCUCAACCUGAGAAGUGUCCUCAGACCUGCCCGAAGUGGCAAGAGUACGCUCAUGAAUUUGCUUGCGGGAAGCAAGACAGAAUUGUUUGACACGUCCUCGGGCGCUACCACCUUCACCAAGGGUGUCUACAUCCCUACCAGCAUUAUGACUUCACCAGAUUUCUCGUCUCUGGAAGGUGAACCAGUCAUCGAUGCAUCGGACCCGAACGUCAAGGUGUCGUUCGUCGAUACAGAAGGCUAGGGGCAGUCGGCAAAGCCUAUGACUUGAACCUGUUCACUCCUGCUUUGCUUUGCUCAAAGGCUGUUAUCUACAACCGUACAGGAGGGCUCCUAAUCGAUGCUAUCCUCAGGGACCUCGGC